AUGCCUGUGCUUCCUCCAGCAGGCUGCAGGAGAGAUGUAGUCUUGCAGCAUCACGCGGAGGACCAGGAUGGACUGGACAGGUCUAUUUAUAGCCGACAACACCCGCCCUCUCCUGUGGACCGAGCGUCAGGGCUGCUGACCGGGAGAACCAGGACAGGCUCCAUCCAAGAUGGCAGGAAGAGGAUCUGCAGCUUCUCUCCUGCUUUCUACGGAAGCCUGCAGGAUCCCUCCAAGUGUGCCAGGAGCAUGAUGCCCCUCUCCAAAGCCGACCCCAAACUGCAAUACAACAGCCUCCCGAAUCCCAGUGUGCGGUACCAGCAUUCCACCAGACGACUUCCUUCCUGUUCCUCGACCUCCGGGUCAUCAGGUACCGCAGAGUUGCUCCUGGGAGGUCCAGCUCUGAAGAACCUUCUCCACCAAAGUUCCAGCGUGUAUUCCCAAAGGGGCCCGGCAGUGACGGGACGGACCGAUGGGACCAGUUCGGCGUACAGCAGUCCUCGUAUUCCCAAGAGAGAAGCCCCCCGCUCCAAAGACACGCUGGAUCUCCGCACGGACUCGCUGACCCAGCGGGCCCUUCGGGAUCUCCAGCUAAGAAGAAACACCAACAAGAACUGGACCUUCGGGAAAUAUCGCCAGAGGAACGUGGACAACGCCGACAGCUCUGAAAAAGCAGGCCGAACAGGAAUGUGGUGUCUUUGGAUGGAAUGGGGGUGA